AUGGGCGGAGGCGGUCACUAUCCGUACAACAAGCACAUCUGGUCGCCGACAGGUGGAUUCUGGUCGCGCCCACAAAACUGGAAAGCCAAUACAGCCGUUGUUGCGACAGGUAUCGUGGCAGCGACAGCCUUUGUCUGGUCUGUCAGUGCAGAAAUCGAAACGCGCGAUAAGCAACCGACUCGUUGGAUCCCAUCCAUGCUCGUACGAACGAUGAGCCAUGUCACCUAA